UUACAGCAUUCAAAAAAAGUGCAUAAAAAGCAUAGCAACAACAACAGUAACAGCAGCAAUAACAACACUACGUAAUCAUUGGGAAAAUAUCUGCAAUUUUGCAACAAUUUCGACAUUGCAGCAGCAGCAGCAACAACAACAACAGCAACAACAACUGCAACAAAAGUAAUUGAGCAAAAGACUCUCCCAGAUUGAAACGGCGACUCACAAAAAUGGUAUCGCGAAGAAAAAUAUUAUCACGUUCACGCGAUGAUCUGAACCUGGAUCAGACAUUCACGCAGCAGGAGGAGGAGGAAGAUGUCUGGUAUCAGAAAGACAAACUCUAUAAGGAACACAUUCAGGAAGUGCUGGACAAAUGGACGCAAAUUGAUGACGAGAUCUGGGCCAAAGUAAUUGUCUUUGAGCGCAAUCGCCGUGUGGCCAAGGCAUACGCACGUGCUCCGGUGCUGACCAUCAAUGGAUCCGAUGAUGGCUUCGAUGGCAUGCGCAUCGGGCUGUGCGGCUUUGACAAUCCCAUGCGAGAUCAGAAGACGGACGAACUGAAGCGCGUCAUCGGCCAGGGCGUCAAAAUCAAAAUGGAUGAUGCUGGCAAUAUACUCGUACGUCGCUAUGCCAAGAGCAAUGUAUUUGUUAAGAGCACCGCCAGCAAUCCCAACGAUGAGACAUCGAUUGGUGCCGAAAUCUUAAAGCUGCCAAAUCAGGCGCUCGAAAGCGAAAAAAUAGUCAAGCUCUUCGACAUGAAGAAGUUUCAGUCGAACGUAAAUCGUGAACUGCGCCGUGCCUAUCCAGAUCGUCGGCGCUUGGAGACGCAAUGCCUAUCGGUGGUGGCCUUUGUCAAAUCGGAGAAUGACAUUUUGGAGUGCCCCAUUUGGGUGCUCAUUGUGAAUGUGGUAGCCAUGGAUAUGCUAAAGAGCAAACUGCCGCCAGUGCAACGUCCCAUUGUGGACAUCAAGAAUCGCCCGCGCAUACCCAUACCCGAUGAGGAUCCCUACAGCGUGGCCGGCAAUGGCAGCAAUGGUAGCUCGGGCAGCUCCGGCUUUGGCAGUGGCCACCAGCAGCAGCAGUUGCAACAACAACAGCAACACCAUCAACAGCAGCUUGGCAAGCAUUUGAAUAAUGGCAACAGCGGUCAUGUGGCUGCCACACGAGAACAAUUGCUGCUGCAGACGCAACAAUUGGCGCACAAGCGCAGCGAGAAGCCACCCAAAUUGCCGCCCAGGGAUAAUGUCUAUGCACACGAUCUAAUUCCAAAGCCGGACUAUGAUGACAUUGAUUUGGAGACCAGAAUCAAACUAUCGCGAGGCAAGUCCGACAAGGGCAAGGACAACAAGAAAUAUGAUGAUCCUUAUUAUUGUGGAUUGCGUGCACGCGUGCCCAACUUUGUCAAGUCCUCCAAGACGGGUGCGAAGGAUCAAAGAGAUGGCAAUGGCAACAACAUCAUCAUGAAUGGCAACAGCGAUGGCAUGAGCACACUUAGCCAAAAGAAGACCUCGAUGAUACACAAUCAUUUAGCUGGCAUGCAUUCGCAUUCGCAUCCGCAUCAUCUACAACAACAGCAGCAGCAGCAGCAGCAACUAAUGGCGGCGGCAGCAGCAGCAGCUCAUGCCGUGCAUCACCAGCAGCCGAGCCAUCAUCAGCAUCAGAUCUGGCAGACGCGCAGCUAUGAGAGUGGCAUAGGUAUUUAUAAACAGGGCGGCUAUCAAAGCCAACAACAACAACAACUGCAACAACAACAACUACUACACAAAACGCACGCUCUGCAAUUGCAAUUGCAAAUGCAACAGCAACCACAGUCACUGCCAACGGACCUUACAGCAACAACAACUGCAACUGCAACAGCAAAGACACAAAGCACACAACAACAGCAACAGCACAAAGCACGUAGCAAACACCAACAGCAACAGCACAUGCUCUCUCACUCGCACUUGCACGCAACACAUGUCCAUGCGCAUCAUCGUCACCAGCACCGGCAACAUUGCCAUCGCUUGCACCAGCCCAGUCCGAAAAGUGCACCCACUGUCGGCUACUAUGCACCCGAGCAAUACUAUGAUGAUCUGGAAGCGUUGGCUGUGCGUCAAGGUGCACGCCGUUUGUCCACACGUCGCACGCCGCUGACAACGGAGAAUGCCUGCAACUGUGUCAGCUGCUAUGCACUUGCACCACUUUGUGGUGAGGUGCCGGCACCGCGGCCGCAGCGCAGUCUCAGCCAGCAGCAGCUGCGACGGCAUCAGCGUCUGAGCGGCGGACUGCGUGACAAGCAGGUCGGUAUGGCCAAGUGGUGUAGUGAGAGUGACAUAUCAGUGCUCGAACAGGUGCAGGAGGACGAACCAGCAACAGCAACAGCAACAACAAUGCACACCGACGAUCGCUAUGACAGCUACGAGUACGAUGACUUCGACCUGGACUUUGACAUUGACGACAAUAUGAACGGCAACUACUUGCGACAACCUACCAUUGCCGCCGUGCACAGCAACGAGGAGACCGACCUGUAUGUGGAUCGCGCCCAGCUGCGACAACUGGCAGCACCUGCACUGCUUACAGCUCGCAACAAGUCCCAAUCCACGGAGAGUUUUUUCGAGCAGCCAAACGAAGAGGGCUCACUGUACAUGUACGGCGGACGCAGCCGCAUUGUGGCCAAACCACCAGCACCGAUCAACAUAUAUGAGCGUGUGCCGAACUCAAUUGGCUCCGAGCUAAGCUACAGCGGCAACAAGUUGCUGGCAAACAUGCAGCGAACGCAAUACUACAACAAGCCCAAGUUGCCAGCGCCGAGUUGGCGGGGCAAACGUCAGACAGAGACGACACUUGUGCAGCAAGCUGACAAAAAACUGUAUGACAAUGCGAGCAACAAUAACUACAACAAUAAGCGACAGCUAACGAACAACAGCAACAGCAACAAACACAACAACAAUAGCAAUGCCAAGCGAAACAAUGAUGACGUCUUGAAGAACAAAAAUAAUUUCAAUAGUAAAAACAAAAUUAUAACAACAGCGACAGCAGCAACAAAGAGUUUAGCAAUAGCAACAACAGCUGCAACAGCAACAACAGCAGCAACAACGACGGCAACAGCAGCAAUUGCCAAUGUAACAGCGGCAACAACAGCAUCAACAACAGCAGCAGCAGCAACAACAACAACAAACAAUGCACCGCCUCAAUUGCAGGCACAAACACAAAGAACUGGGCGCACUGCCAGCCGCCUUGACAUCAGCGACAUGGAAUCCAUUUAUGGCUAUCUAAAGCCCCGCAAGCCGCGCAGUCUCAGCCUCAAGAAAAUCCAGAUACUUGACUAUUAAAUACAAAAACAUAUGUGCUCUUCAAAAU